AGAGCAGGAGCGCUCCGCAGUAGCAGGGACCGAGUCAGACGGCGCAGGAGCCAAAGUAGAGUCAGACGUGGCGACAGAGGACUCUAACGUACCCAUCAAGUGGUGCACAAAGAACUGAGGACUGAGAAGUAAAAAAAAACAGAUAGAUUAAAUAUUACUGUAAAGAAAGAAAGAAAGAAAAAAAGGAAAGGUGCAGUGUGUGGGACUGUUCUGUUCUGGGACAGAGAGAAAGAAAGGAGCAAGAAGGAACAAUAAGACGUGUUUUCCAGAAGGACCCUUGGAAUUCUGCACUUUUACACACACCAUCUUACUCUCUCUCUCUCUCACACACACACACACACACACAGUCCUGGAGCAGCAGAUAGCCAUCUCUAUUCCUCCUUGCAGCUCUAAAAGAGUGUGAGAGAGAGAGAGUGUGUGAGUGAGAGAGCCUGUCGUUCCCCUGGAGUCUACGGGACCAUGGCACCUGUCAGAGACGCAGCGGCGCUUGGCUGAAGACGCACACACACACACACACACACACACACUGCGAGAGAUUAGCAGUGCAAAGCCCAGGUCUACGAUCUCACUGUAUGAUCUGCAACGUAAUCACAAAAACCCCAACCAAAGCAACGGACCAACUGCUCUCCAGUGCAUCCUCCAGCUUGAAGCUCCACUCUAAACACUGUUGAGCACAUCUGAAGAUGAUGACGUCUGUGAUAGUGUUGGUAAUGACUGUGAUGCCCGGCUUGAUCACUGUCAGCUCAUCGUCCAGUGGAUCAUCUGCAUCUUCUACCUCUUCCUCUUCUUCACCAAGGAUGAAGCUUACUUACAAAGAUCUCCAGCAGUUUAAUGGAGUGAAGCGGUUUGACUUGGACCGUUCGUGCUGUUUCGGAUCACUCCUAUUGGACGAAGAAAGGGGGCGGCUCUUUGUAGGAGCGCGAAACUACCUGUUGUCGCUCAGCCUGGAUAACAUUGCCAAACAAGAACAAAAGAUCUACUGGCCAGCACCUGUGGAAUGGAGGGAAGAGUGCAACUGGGCAGGAAAGGAUAUCAAUAUCGACUGUGUUAAUUAUGUGAAGGUUUUACAUCACUUUAACCGAACUCACCUGUAUGCCUGUGGGACAGGAGCCUUCCACCCGACCUGUGCUUACGUGGAGGUUGGACAGAAAGUAGAGGAUCAUGUGUUUCGAUUUGAUCAAUCACUUGUAGAAGACGGUAAAGGGAAAAGCCCAUAUGACCCACGGCACACCGCAGCCUCUGUUCUGGUUGGUGAUGAGCUGUAUUCAGGCGUAGCAACUGACCUGAUGGGAAGGGACUUCACGAUUUUCCGGAGCCUGGGACAGAAACCCUCCAUACGGACAGAACAACACGAUUCUCGCUGGCUCAACGAGCCCAAGUUUAUAGGUGCUUUCGCUGUUCCGGAGAGCGAAAACCCUGAUGACGAUAAAGUCUUCUUCUUCUUCCGAGAAACUGCAGUCGAAGCUCAAGGCUUCGGAAAAGUCACCUAUGCUCGGAUUGGCCAGCUGUGCCGGAAUGACAUGGGAGGGCAGCGUAGUUUAGUGAAUAAGUGGACGACUUUCCUGAAGACUCGACUUGUCUGCUCUGUACCAGGCAACGAUGGCAGUGAAACACAUUUUGAUGAGCUCAGGGAUGUGUUCCUGCUGCAGACACGAGACAGGAAGAAUCCGCUGGUCUACACAGUCUUCUCUACUUCAAGUAGCGUAUUCCGUGGAUCAGCCGUCUGCCUGUACACUAUGAACGACAUACGGAGGGCAUUUUUAGGGCCGUUUGCCCAUAAAGAGGGACCCAAUUACCAGUGGGUGCCUUUCCAAGGCAAAGUCCCUUACCCUCGACCAGGCAUGUGUCCCAGUAAGACGUUCGGAAGUUUCGAGUCCACUAAAGGUUUCCCAGAUAAUGUGAUCCAGUUUGCACGUCAUCACCCGUUGAUGUAUAAUCCAGUGACGCCGCUCGGUGGCCGUCCGCUCUUCCUGCGCACGGGAAUGCCAUACAGCUUCACACAGAUCGUUGUGGACCGAGUCAGUGCUGCGGAUGGUCACUACGACGUCAUGUUCAUCGGAACAGAUGUCGGCACUGUUCUGAAGGUGAUCUCUGUGCCUAAAGGAAGCUGGAGCAACACAGAACUGCUGCUUGAAGAGCUGCAAGUCUUCAAGGACUCUUCAUCCAUCAUCAAUAUGCAGAUCUCCUCCAAACGACAACAGCUAUAUGUAGGCUCAGAUACAGGUGUGGCGCAGGUGCCACUGCAUCGCUGCAGCAUGUACGGUAAAGCAUGUGCUGAGUGCUGCCUAGCCCGUGACCCCUACUGCGCCUGGGAUGGACACACGUGCACACGCUAUCUGCCUAACACCAAACGGCGCUUCCGUCGCCAGGACGUGAGGAACGGUGAUCCUAACACACUCUGUUCAGGAGAUCACCAGAAGCUGCGUGUUUUGGAGAAGAAGCUGUAUGGAGUGGAGGGGAGUAGCUCUUUCCUGGAGUGCAUUCCCAAAUCACUACAGGCUCAGGUCACAUGGACCUUGCAGAGACACCCCAACAAUCCCCGGGAAGAGGUCCGCCUGGAUGAUCGCGUGCUUCAGACAAAUCGCGGCUUGUUGCUGCGCCGAGUGUUACGCAGAGACGGCGGUGUAUACCAGUGUCACGCAAUGGAGCAUGGAUUCACCCAAACGCUGCUCAGCAUCGCACUGGACGUCGUCCCCACUACAGGUCCAGCCCAUAGCCAAGCACACAGCCCCACCCAGAGUCAAGCACAGUCCACAAAUCAGAAGCUAUGGUACAGAGACUUCAUGCAGCUGGUCGAUCAUCCCAACCUGAGCACCGUUGACCAGAUCUGUGAGCAGGUUUGGUCACGUAAGCACAGCCAAUCAGACAAAGCCAUGGCAGAUGCACCCAAUGAGUCUCCACCUAGCAAUCCUCUGCACAACAACCACAAAAGGUGGAAGCAUCUGAAGGAGGUGAGGAAGGGGAGGAACCGCAGAACACACGACGGAAAACCUGCACCUCGAGCGCCUCGGAGUGCGGGAGAGUAAUGUAGGAUGGAGGAGAGAAAGAGAGAGAGACAGAGAUAGAAAGAGAGAUCACUGGAGUUGGACAAAACCGCACACCAUCACAUUUAAUGACUAUUUAUCGAAUAACACAAGCAAGCUAUACAUUAGAAAUUCACAAAAUUCUUUACAUACUGUAAAAUUUACCACACACCAUUGCCUUACUGUACUGCUGCCCCAUUAUACCUCCCAAAAACAAUCCUUACUGCCCCUUAUCCACCUCCCUAAAUCAGUCUACAGCCAUUUACACACUCUACUGCCCUCCUUUACGGCCCCUACGCUGUAGUGCUCUCAGAACUAAUUUCACAGUUCAAAUACUAUUUCAAUUUGGAUUCUAAGCCCCUGACUCCAUUUUUUUUUUUUUUUUAAUUUUUGGCCCUUUGUACCUUUAAAAAAAGCUUUUUAUAGUUUUUAUAGUUGGCUGAGCGAGACUCUUAUACCGUACUUUAUUUCUCACCUUGUAAUUAAUUUUAUUCUAAUUUCAUUUAAAAAAUUUAAUUGUUCCAUUAGCUAAAGCCUGUUAGAUUUAGCUUUAUCUGUGGCUGAAUCUCAAAUGUCCUUCUAAUGGUUACAUUGUCCACUACAUAGGUACAACAGUGCUAUUAUAUAGUGGACA